UGUGCCUAGGCGGGAGGGGAGGGCGCUGGGCAGGGGUGUCGGCCACGACGGAGUCCCUGCAGCCAGACAAGGAGGGUCCCAGGGAUCACAGUGUGCCCGGGGGUCUCCGCGGCGGGGCCCACCCACGGAGCUAACUCUUGCUGGCAGCUCUUGCUCUCGGCCUGGAAAGGCUGGGCCUGUGGGAGCAGCUCUUUCCCACAGGCUGGGCGCAGGCCUGAGAAGUGGGGUCCAUGGCCUGGGAGCCCAGCACAGAGCAGGGGCCUCUCUUUUCACUGUGGUUCUUGGCCUGGGAGCCCAACAGCUCCCCCCUCGACCUCCUGAAUCCCCUGGCAACUUCCCAGUCACGGCAGGUUCCGCUGCCAGAGCCAUUUAUAACUCCCAUUCCGGGCUCUGCUCCGCAGCUGAGCUCCCUGGAGAGCCGGGGGGAGGGGCAGCCACUGCUGGGAGCUGCGGGCCUGGGCAUGAAGCUCUGACCUGAGCCCCCCGAGAGGACGCAGGGAGAUGGCAGACGGGCCUCGCAGGGUGGGGGCUUACGGCCUUCCAUGGGCCGACUCUCCACGCGACCGUUGCUCUGGGUCUGGGGCUAUUCCUUGGGUGGGGCCUCACGGGGCUGAGUCCCCGAUGAGCAGGCAGGAGGAGAAGGACGCAGAGCUGGACCGGAGGAUAGUCGCCCUUCGCAAGAAGAACCAGGCCCUGCUGCGCAGGUACCAGGAGAUCCAGGAAGACCGACGGCAGGCAGAGCAGGGGGGCAUGGCUGUGACCACGCCGGAGCUCCUUCGUCCUGAUGGCCUCACUGUCACCGUCAGCCAGGGGAAGCGGGUGGUCAGCCAGAACUGGGCAAGGAGUGCCCGUGGACCUGGAGCAGCCAGUGAGAUGCUUGAGGAUGAGCAGGCAGAGGCCCACACUGGCACCUUCUGCUUAGGGGAGCGGGUGGAUCUGGCCGUGACCAUGGAAAACAAAGCUGAGGCCAAGCGGAUCGUAAGUGAGAAGCCCACCAGAGCACGGAACCAGGGAGCAGAAGGGUCACCUGGAGGGGGCUUGGGCCGGAGCCCCUCCAUGCCGACGGCCAUCAGCUCAGAUUCUGUACGGAAGUCUUCACGUCGGGUGGGUCAUGCAGAGACAGUGCAAGUGAGAGAUGUGUCCCAGCCCCUAACCCCUCCUGGACGUCUGGUGGCAAGCUGGUGGGGUCUGGAGGGUGUCCGGGAGCCUGGGAGUCCAGCCCUGGUCCCAGGCCCUGCUCCCCGCCGGGCACUGGGGGGCCCCCUGGAGGUGAGCUGGGACUAUGCCCAGUGGAAGCAGGAGCGGGAGCAGAUCGACCAGGCCCGCCUGGCCCGGCACAGAGACGCACAGGGUGACUGGCGCCGCCCGUGGGACCUGGACAAGGCCAAGCCCACGCGACAGGGCUCCAGCAAGCCUCGGGAAGAGGGCCCAGCCAGGGUGGGCAGCACAAGGGGUCCCAGGAGUCAGCGAAAGCUACAGCCCCCACCACUGGCCCCUGAAGGCAAAGGCAGUGCUACUUGGGGUGGGCAACAGGGCAGACCCGUGGUGGCGCUGGCCACACGCAGCAAGGCUCGAGGGACAGAGAGGCUGACUGGCAGGGCCCGCAGGUGGGAAAUGAAGGAAGACAGGCAGGAGCCAGAGAGCCAGGAGGGAAGCCGAAGCACCAGAAAGACUCCGAAUGAGAAGGAACAUGAGCAGAUUCAGAGCGGGAUGGAGCCCGGCGGACCCACCAGUGCCCCGGGUGGAGGAACCACCCCCACCCCAGCAUCGGAAUCACCAGAGGGGCUGAAAGAGGAGUUGGGAGAUUUGGCAGCCAGUCCAGCCAGUCCGGGCUCUCCACCAAACUCAGACUUGGUUCCCCUCGAUCUCUCCCUAGGAGGUACAGCCCCUGGUGCAUGCCCGCGCCACGCCUGGUCUGUGAGGCUGGUGAGCUCUGUCCCAAGCCUACUGCUGCCCAGGCCACAGGCUCCCCGCCAUGACGAGAGGACAAGGCUUGGAAGCACUCAGCAGCCGGCUCACCUAGCACCCGUCACCCCCAGGGCCUGGCCACCCUCUCCAGCUGCUGGCUCCUGGCUUGUCAGGUUAGACCUGAGUGCAUCCUGAAUGGGGGAGGGGGAGCCUCCCACCUGGAGUCGUUUUCUGCCAUCUCCAACUUCCUCUUCACACCAUCUCCCUGCACUGUGUCAUGCCAAAGCAAGGUCUCAGGCAGGGACUCAAGAGGCAGAGAAACAGCAACUCCAGCUAAGUACGACAUCAGGACUCAUCUUUCCUACUUAGUCUCUGUUCCCCGCCCCCAACCCCAACCACUGAGACCCACGUCUGGUGAAUUAUCCAGACUCCGCACAAGCUGUGGCUUCCUCUCAAUUCAACAAACAUUUCCUGAGCACCCACUACCAGCAAUGCAGCCGGUGGGCGAUGGGAACUUUGCCAGCAAGAGGGAGGGAAGAAGCCUCGUCAUCCGGCAGAUCCAGGCUGCACAGCAGGAGCUGUUCUUGGCUGUAGGUGCCCGACAGGGGCUGAAGAUGGUGGCAGGAGCCCAGAGGGAACCACCCCACCGCUGUGUGCAAAGGUGGGCACGCCUUUCUUUCUCAUCGGGUGUCCCCUUUGCCCCCAAACUGCGGCUUGGAUCUCCCCACAUAGCCCGGCCGUGGCUGUUCCUCUCUGCUGACGGUCCCAGGCUUCACUGGCUUCUCAGGGUUCUCUCUGGAGUGUCCAGAUCAUCCCCAGCAUUUCUCUCCACUGUGAAAAAGAGGUCUGAAUUGUGGCUCAACUGUGAGGCCAGGCUUCCUCACUGGCUCUUGCUCCACGAGCCACCCCCUCUAUUGAGGAGGACGGUGGAGGGGAUGACUUUUCAGCAGAUCCGAUUGUUUCGAGUAGUGCUUCUUACACAUUAAGGUGCAGACGAAUGCAGACUCUAACUCUGGGCUGGGCCUGGGAACCUGCAUUUCUCAUAGGCUCCAGGUGCUGCCUUUACUGCGGGUUCCUGGACCACACUUUGAGAGGAAGGAUUUGGAUUAGAAUAUAUGGAGGGCUGAGGACAGAGACAGACUCUAGACUCUUAAGGGCUGGCUGCUGGCUCUACAUGGGGUGGUGGCAGGCUGCCCCUGCCAGGUGGGAGCUUCCUGGUCUCAGAGUCGGGUGGGAAGCUGAGGCUUUGGGUUAGAGGCUUGAGAGCUGGUGGUGCCAACUUCCUGUAGUGGGGAGUGAGAAAGUUGAUUGGGAAUGGGGUGAGGUGAAGGUAGUUGGAAGAGGUGGGGAUUGAUCAGAGGAAUUCCGGAAAGGCUUAGGAACAUUCUGUGCAUGUAGGGAGAAGACCCCUGUGAGAUAUGAAAAGGCAAGGGUGAAAGAUUCGAAGCUUAAGUUUUCCUCUUGUGAUCUGGUCACACAUUUGUGACUUCAGAGCAUGAAACUGGCCCUGGAACCCAUGACUCCCAAGGAUGGAGCUGGAGUAGAGCAGGUUCAAGCAGAGCCCUUGAAUUCAGAUGUCUCCCAAAUUGUGAACCAGAAUUUGGAUUCUAAGAAUUACAAACUUCCCCCAACUGCCAAUGCUACCAACUAUACAGAUGUGCCUUCAUUAAAGGGUAUGUGCCAAGUCAUGUUUGACUGUGGGCUGGAGAUGUAGUUUGGGCAGAGGUCUGCUUGAGGCCUCAUGACAAGACCUAAGCGGGAGAGGAAGCUGGGCUAAAGGGCUAAGGAAAAAUGGGCUUCUCUCUCUCCGGGUGUUAGGAGAAAGGGAUGUCAUGGGAGUGAGUCACGAGCAGUUGGAGAGAAUGGAGUCUGGCAUAGGAUAUCUUCAUUAUAGGAAGAACUGUAGCACAAGGCAAGUAUCAAUGAGCUUUCCUUAGAAAAGGGGAGCCCUCCUUCAGGAGAAAUGAGCCAGCACUUCUGGUGGACACAAACCCUGCUCCAGGAUGAAACCAGCUAAGGGGCAGGAGGGAAGGGUAAACAUCCCUCCACAAAGCUCGGGGCCAUGGAAGGCUGCUCUGCUUCUUCCUGGAUCCUUUGGUUAAAGGCCUGGCUGGGAGCCUUCUUGGAUGUCCUUCUCCUCUCCAACCAACAGACAAGACUGCUUCUCAAAGGUGGGAAGUUCUUCAUGGGACAUGGCUUCAGGAGCCCAGGCACAGAGCUGGAGGAAUUGAUGAGAGAGUGCAGAGGGCAGUAGGGGGCCAGCAGGGACCUGACAGCUUUACCCAAGGUUUCAAAACAAGGCAGAAGAGGUGGAAAGCAUCUCUAUCCUGGCACCGAUCACCUCACAGAGGGGAGCGGAGACCACACUGUGAAGGAGGUAUUUGGGGGAUGACAGGCAGCAUGGUAGAGCGGAACAAACCCGGGCCGUGGAAUCCAAGAGACUGAAUCUGAAUUCUAGGUCUGUCACCUGCUAGCUGGAUGACUCUGGUCAAUUUUAAUGUCUAAAAGCCUCAGUUUUCUUGUUUGCAAAAUGGAGCUAGUAAUACCUAUGUUGAAGGAUUGUUAAGAAAAUUAAAGGUGAAAAUAUGCAAAAUACCCCUGGCACACAGUAGGCACUCUAUUAACAGUAGCCUGGCAUGAAGAAGACACUCAGUACAUGUUUGUUGAAUAAAUGAAGUAGUGAUUUGGUGUGA